CUUAAAACACAGAAGACUAAAACCCACAGAGACAAGACGCCACCCAUGGCAUCUUAUUAGAGUUUCUGUUUGUGGCGCUCUUUCUCUUUUCAGCCGAGGUUUUUAUCACUGCUUGUUAUGACAAGUGAGCUCUUUAUUGCUAUUCUUUAAUAUGAAAUAUUUGUAUGAUAAAUAAGCAAUCGCAAAAAAACUAAACUUAAAUGUAAAAAAAUGAAUAUAAAAAAAAAACAAAGACAAAUAUAUAACUUUAAUAUUGUGUGAGAAAUAAUGCUAAAAGGGUUAAGGGUUUUUGUGUAUUUCUUAUUCUUAAAUCAAUAUAGUGAGAUAAUAAUCAGUAACUUUAUGUUUUGCUUUCUGUAAUUUAGUUUGAAAGUGUAGGAGACCUUUGAUAUUUGGAGGAAAGGGUAGUAGUAAGGGAUUUAAAAUCAUAUCUUUGGCAAUCAAUAACCGAACAGAAUAAAUACAGUUUUCCCAAAUGAUAUUUCUCUGAACAAACAUGUUCAGAGAAAUAUGAAAAUGAAAAUUCAGCCAUUAUCUACUCACCCAUAUGCCGAGGGAGGCUCAGGUGAAGUUUCAGAGUCACUCCACCUAACGGAGGCUGACGGCGCCCCAGAUUCAAACGUCCAAAAACACAUAGUUGAAACCACAAAAUAUCUUCCUACUGCGCGUCCGUAGUGAUCCACGUGUGCGCUUGCACGCGAGACCAGCGAAAGCACGUGAACACACAUGAACGCGCUGCCCAUGUCUCAUGCUCUCGCGCAAGCGUGCACACGUGUACACGGUCCACAGAGAGGCAGUCAGAGCUGCAGGCUACAAUGAGGCUAAAAACAGAGUUCAAAUGACGUUUUUCCAAACAACUUUUUAUGUCGGGGCUUCAGGACACUUGGAUCACUACAGACGAGCAGUAUGGAGAUAUUUUGUGGUUUCAAUUAUGUGUUUUUGGACGUGUGAAUCUGGGGCACCAUCAGCCUCCAUUAGGUGGAGUUGUGUUGCUACCCACUCUCCCCUUGGAUCUCCGCAAGUGAGCCUCCCUCGGCAUAUGGGUGAGUAGAUAAUGACUGAAUUUUCAUUUUUGGGUUCACUAUCCCUUUAAACAAGAGUUUAAAUUAGAAAAGUUCUUACUGUGUCAAAAUCAGAAGCUUAGACAGGCCAUUUGUAAUUUUAGGGCGAAUAACACCAGAAUCCCAAAAGUCGGUGGAAGAUAUAAAGGGCUGGACGGAAGCCAGAGGUUCUGUAAUUCAUGUAAUGAUAAUCGUCUUGGUGAUGAGUUUCAUAUUCUGUUUGAAUGUACGAAUGUAUGUAUCAUGAACUUCAGACAAAGAUAUCCGCCAAAAUAUUAUGUAACUUGUCCAUCCAUGUUUACAUUAAUUUUAUUAUUACAAUCUAAUAAUUUAAAAGUUAUUUGUAAACUAGGUGCCUUUUUGAAGAGCGUCCUUCCUUUGUUUAAGUGAUAUAUUUGUUUUAGUUUUGUUGCCAGGACUAUUUGUGCUCCAUACCAUGUGAGUCAUGGUCAUGAGUUAAAUGACUGAAUGAAUGAAACGUUUGCAUCCAGGUUGUCCAUUAAAAAUAUAUAUGAAUGUAUUUGAAAAUUAUCCAAUUUUAGCGACAGUUGUGAGUAUCAGACCAUAAUAAAUUUACAUGUGGACAUUUAAAAAAUACAUGGUCAAUGGUUUCAACUUCCCCAGAAAGAUCUACUUUGAAUUUGAAUUAUUUGUGAAGAAAAUCAUUACCAGGGAAUAUUGCUGACACUUUAGGAACAACAGGUAUAAGCAAAAUUAACAAAAGAAAAUCCUUUCAGAGGCCUCUAUAUUAACCUGAGUUAAAGUCGCACAAAGUCUGUUUUAUUUAAAAACCAAAUUAGUCAUUUUGUCUCAAGCGGAGUCGUUUGUGCUGUUUGGCGGGUUAGCUUGUUUUAAUUGGCCAGCCGCUUGACUGACAAGGAGCACCACCAAUCAGACUAGCUGUUGUGGAAGUUACGUGUAUACAAUGUCCAGUCAGCGCUGACAUAGAAUCUGUUAUCAACUUAAAUAUAUGUUAUACAGUUGCUGUAAAAUGAAACCUUUCAGUAUAGUUGGUUUUCUACACUGUUUACAAUUGAUAAAACAUAACUGAGUGAAACAGAUGUGUUUGAAUUAUGAUUCUUCAGAACAUGAACAGCGUCUCCUGCACCACAUGAUGAGCUCACGGCAUAUUGGUAGACAGGGUCUAUGCACACAGUGCCUCCUCUUCCUGGAAUAAAGCAAGCUGUCAUAGUCCCUCCCUCUUCUUCCUGCUCCCAAACACAGCCAAUCCUCUCAGUCUACAUAUCCUGCUUCCUCCACCCACCACAGAUCUGCCAGUGUACAGAUGGGUGUAACCAGCAUGCUGUGACCUGCAAGAGUUGGCAUCUUAUGUACUGCAGAUCAGCAAGCGUUCUGUGCUUAUCUCAGAGUGAAACUAUUUCACUCUCACUGUCUCUUCGAGGUGAAAUGGCGCAGCGAGUAAUUCAGCUGGAUCAGGAAAAACUCUCCUGCUCGAUCUGUCUGGAUCUACUGAAGGAUCCGGUGACUAUUCCCUGUGGACACAGCUACUGUAUGAGCUGUAUUAAAAACUACUGGGAUGAAGAGGAUCAGAAGCAAAUCCACAGCUGCCCUCAGUGCAGACAGACCUUUGGACCAAGGCCUGCUCUGGGGAGAAACACAGUGUUGGCAGAUUUAGUGGAGGAACUGAAGAAGACUGGACUCCAAGCUGCUCCUGCUGAUCACUGCUAUGCCGGACCUGAAUAUGUGGCCUGUGAUUUCUGCACUGGGAGGAAGCUGAAAGCUGUCAAGUCCUGUCUGCAGUGUCUGGUCUCGUACUGUGAGCAGCACCUCCAGCCCCACCAUGAAAUUGUUCCAUUAAAGAAACACAGGCUGGUGGACCCCUCCAAGAAGCUUCAGGAGAACAUCUGUACUCGUCACAAUGAGGUGAUGAAGAUUUUCUGCCGCACUGAUCAGCAGUGUAUUUGUUAUCUGUGCUCCAUGGAUGAACAUAAAGGCCAUGACACAGUCUCAGCUGCAGCAGAAAUGACUGAGAAGCAGAAAGAGCUCGGGGUGACUCGACAAAAGAUCCAGCAGAGAAUCCAGAACAGAGACAAAGGUGUGAAGGUGCUUCAGCAGGAGGUGGAGGCUAUCAAUUGCUCUGCUGAUAAAGCUGUGGAGGACAGUGAGAAGAUCUUCACAGACGCGAAGCAGCAGAUCAGAUCUCGUCAGAAAUCCGGGGUGACUCUUGCCAACGAGCUUCAGGAGAAGUUGGAGCAGGAGAUCGCUGAUCUGAGGAGGAAAGACGCUGAGCUGGGGCAGCUCUCAAACGCAGAGGACCACAUCCAGUUUUUGCACAAUUACAUUUUGUUGUCACGACUUAGUGAAGCUACAGAUUCAUCCGGAGUGAAGAUCCGUCCUCUGAGGUGCACUGAGGAUAUGACUGCAGCUGUGUCAGGGGUCAGAGAUAAACUACAGGACAUUCUUAGUGAGGAGUCGACCAAGAUAUCACUGACAGGGUCUGAAGAUGUUUUACUGGCACAGGCAGAGCCCAAGACCAGAGAUGAAUUCCUCAAAUAUUCAUGUCAAAUUACACCAGAUCCAAACACAGCACACGAAUGCAUGGACACUGGGUAUAGACUACAAGCAUCAUACACUGAAGACAAGUACAGCUAUCCUAGACACCCAGACAGUUUCUCUGACUGGUGUCAGAUUUUGUGUAGAGAAAGCCUGACUGGGCAUUGUUACUGGGAGGUGAAGUGGGGAGGGAGAGGUGUUUACAUCGCAGUAGCAUACAAGACUAUCAGUAGAAAAGGUGAUGAAAGUGCAUUUGGACACAAUGACAUGUCUUGGGCUUUGGAGUGUUUUCAUGAUAGUUAUGAAUUCAGACAUAAAAACAUCAUCACUCCCAUCUCAGCUCCUCGGUCCUCCACAGUAGGAGUGUACCUGGAUCAUGGGGCAGGCACUCUGUGUUUCUACAGCAUCUCUGACUCUACCAUGACUCUCCUCUACAGAGUCCAGACCACAUUCACUCAGCCUCUCUGUCCUGGAUUUGGUUUGUAUGUUUAUGGAGCCUCCAUUGAAAUCUGUAAAGCUUAAAACACGGAAGACUAAAACCCACAGAGACAAGACGUCACCCAUGGCAUCUUAUUAGAGUUUCUGUUUGUGGCGCUCUUUUUCUUUUCAGUCGAGGUGGUUAUCACUGCUUAUUAUGACAAGUGAGUUCUUUGUGAAAUAUUUGUAUAAUAAAUAAGCAAUCGCAAAAAAAACGAAGUGUAAAAAAAAUGAACAUAAAAAAAACAAAGACAAAUAGAUAGCUUGAAUAUU